GUUGAAAGAAUGAGGAUAAGACACUUGUGGAGGGCUUGUGCUACAAACACUCCCGUUCAAAUCCAAGUCACCGUGCAAGAACCAUCCAAUGGUUCACAUUCACUUUUAACAACAACUAGGAGGAUAUAUUAUCCCUCCCUCCUCUUAUUCACUCAACUAUUACGAACAUCAUACUCUUUUCCUCUGGUGCUAGAUUCUGCAGCCAAUAAACUAAAAUGGCCUCCCUCACAAUGGUUUUUGCUCCGGUGGCAACCGGUAGAGCAAGUAGCCGGGUGUACGCGGCAACCGCGGCCAAGGGAGGAAGCAAAGAGGAGAAGGGUCUGCUUGAUUGGAUUCUUGGAGGGCUAGCAAAGGAGGACCAGCUGCUUGAGACUGAUCCAAUCCUCAAGAAGGUUGAGGAUAAGAAUGGUGCCACUAAUGGUGGCCGCAAGGGCACAGUGGAGAUACCGCAGAAGAAGAAGGGCGGGUUUGGAGGCCUCUUUGUCAAGAACGACUGAUCAGAUUCAUGUGGAUGAUUAAUUAUCAUAAUCUGGCAUUUCAGGCAGGGUUCUGUGUCUAUUUGCUUUCAGUACUCAUUGAUCAUUAUGGAACAUUUAAGCUGUGUUAAAUUCUUCAUCUCUC